CUCGCUUGUGCUUUUACUGACCGCUUUGUAUUGAGCUGCAUUCCGAUAUUAAAUUAAUUCUAUGCACCAUUCUGCAUCUCUCCUAUUCACCACGUUUUGCUCACCGUCUUAAUCACAGCAUAGUACAACAUGAUCGAUUGACAUAUAAACGGCACACCCCUCAUCGCAAGGCUUCGCAUCAACAAGACAAUAUGGCAUCUACAAGUCCUCUCCUGCGUCUCCCGCGCGAACUACGCGACAUCAUCAUGCUCGAAGCAAUGACAAUACGCGCACCGCCACCAACAAGAGCCUUCCGAACAAUACCUCCUCCCGGAACCGAUGGUCAAUUCUACCUAUGGUCAGAACAUUCCAACUGGCAAUACCUCAACCUCCUUGCAGUCAAUCGCCAAAUUCGCGCCGAAGCAAACGACCUCACAAUGCAACUCUACAACGCCAAAAGACUCCGCUUCGAGAUCGAUAUCCUUGUCAAGGGAUACGUUUACACGCCUAAAUGGACGCUUCAAAAUCUAGCCUUGCAGCCUGGUUCAACGUUAGAUCUCCAAGUCAAUCUUAAGAUCCUCAGCACCGAAGCCUUUCGCGCGAAUGACGGCUGGCCUCGUCAGCCAGGCCACAUUUUUCGAACACUUCUCAAUUUUCUCUCUCGCUUCCUUCAUCUCGGUCCAACAUUUCUAAACGAUGACGCUCCCUUCUCCACGCCAGGGCCAUUCUUUCUGCGCAAUCUGCACUUGAACGUCACGUUCCAAGACGACUAUACUCGUGCGACCCAUGCUGAGACGGUCCGGGAAAUCUGUCGGAUGAUGAAAGCUUUGAGCAAACUUGACACAGCAAGCAAAUACAUUGGCAGGAUCCAAGUUGAUGCUUCAUGGCAAGUGCAAGGAGAGGAUUUUCAACUGCAGCGAGAGUGGAAUUUGGAUGAGAAGUCGAAGCUGACUAAUGGUGAGGGAGAGGAGCUCAGAGAAUCUGACUGGGCCGCUCUGGGCUUUCAUUUUGGAGAUGCUUGGUUGCAGAAAUAUGCACACUGCAAUGAUCGUGCAGGAUGAUACCUAGCUGGUAUUCGUGCGUCUAUCAGCAAUCUGGGCUGCUCAGUAUACGGCGCAGAUAAACGCCUAAAGGUAACAUCAGGCCCAGCAGCAUGGGAGAAAAUGCACCUCUUUGUCAUAAUGGACGAUGACCUGAUAUCAUCCAAUGUCUCCAGCCGAUGCACCUCAUGAUCACCAUCGCUUCGCUAAUGCAUAGGAACGCUCAGAAUUCCUUCCUUGGAACGUGCAGGGCUUCCACCUGGAAUACCCUAGUAU